GCAAAAGUCCUGACACCAUCUGCGCCCUUCCUCCAAAAUGCACCUCUCUCUCCCAGGAUGCCGGACAAUGUCGAUGUCUGACGCACACUCAGAUUAUUUUACUCGCCAAAGCGCAGGGACACCGAAAGACAGCUGACUUACUACCCAUAUGAAAAGCAGAAAACCCGAAAAACUCUCACCGCAAGGGAAUCGAUCAUUGAAACGAGACAAAAUGUCCCCAGCCUGAGAAGGGAGGGGGCGGGUUGCCGGCAUUUACAGGAAACUUCUCAAAAAAGAUCACUUUCAAUUCAACAACAAAAGACCGACACCAUGGACAUCUUUGGGGGUGCCCCUCGUGUUUUAGGCUACCCACGGCCUGUGGUGGUACAAUGCGGGGCUGACGCCACUCUCAGGUGCCAAAUCGGGGGAGACCCUCAUCCUGACGUGAUCUGGGAACGCAAAAACGUCCAGAUCGUCACUGAAGGACGGUACAAGCUCUCAGAGGAGGGCAAGUUCUACUUGUUGAGCAUCAGUGGGGUGAGCGAGAAGGAUGCUGGCCAAUACAUCUGCAAAGCUAAAAACAAUGUCGGGGAAACCUAUGCUGCAGCCACCCUCAAAGUGGAGGGAAAUGAGCAGCAAGUGGAAGUUAACGGUGUCGAGGAGCACGGGCAGAUGAAUGGAACCGGCACAUUCCACAACGGUGACCACCGGGAAGAGAAUGGUGACCAUGGGGAUAAGUUCGACCAGGACCUUGACUUCAUAUCCGAUGACAAACCCAGGUUCCUCAUCAAGCCCCUAUCGUUACGAGUGGACAGAGGAGAGGACGCCGCCUUCUCCUGCAAGGUCUGGGGAACCCCUUUGCCGGAGGUACAAUGGGAAAAAGACGGCAAGAAACUCAAUGACAUCUUUGAGAGCGCUCACUUCUGCAUAAGCCUUCAAGAUGGAGGCUGGUCCCAACUCAAGAUUUACAGAACACGCAUGCCCGACAAGGGCGUCUACACCUGUAAGGCCGUGAACUGCAAAGGUGAGGCACUGGCUGGUGCCAUGCUCCUUGUUGAACCUGUUCCAGAGCGAGAGGAUAGCAGAAAGUCCAGCCAAUGGUUGGACAAACUCAGUUUGUUAAGGCUCAGGGAGGAGUCGUCAGUCAGUCCAUCCAAGGCCAAGAAGUUUGUCGUGGCAGAGGGCAAACACGCAAAGUUCCGCUGCUUCGUCACAGGGAAGCCAAAGCCGGAGAUCAUCUGGAAGAAGGACGGUGUGCCCCUCCAGGCGGGAAGACGGCAUCUUAUAUUUGAGGACAGGGAGGGUUAUUACACCUUGAAGGUUCUGUACUGUAAAGUUCAGGACACGGGACUGUACGCAUGUGUGGCAUCCAACGCUCUGGGAAACACUCUCAGUGCAGUUCAUCUGACAGUCAAAGGAACCCAUGUGCGAUUUAAGCAUCCAUUAAAAGAUGUGGAGGCAAGGGAAUGGAACGUUGCCGUUCUGGAAUGCGAGGUUCCCGAUAACUCAAUCCCGGCCACAUGGUACCGUGAGGAUCAAAAGCUGAUGCCAUGCAGCAAAUAUGGGAUCGAGCAACAAGGCACCAGGCGAAGACUCACCAUCCAAGAUGUGGAAAUGGACGAUGAUGGAGUUUAUCUGUGCGAGAUGCCAGAUGGGGCAAAGAGCAUAGCCGAGUUGUCGGUCAAAGGUAAAAUUGUGCGGAAACUCCCACGGAAGGUGGAGGUGUUGGAGGGUGAGAACGCUGCAUUCUGUGUGGAAGUUGAGGAUGAAGACAUGGAGAUCUAUUGGUUCAAAAACGGGCUCAAGCUGCACGAGACACACCAGACUAUCCUCAAGUCUUUUGGGAAAACACACGUUCUGGUCUUUGUCAACGUGGCUCACCAAGACUCAGGGGUGGUGACUUUUGUGACCGGAAGAUCAAAGACCUCAUCACGUCUUAAAGUUAGAGCCACAAGACACUGUCCACCAAUCUGUCCGCUCGACGUCAAGAUGGAUCUAGACAGCCCGAAUGGCGCCCUGCUUUCCUGGGUUCCCGCACCCUACAACCAGACUACUCGCGCCAUCUUUGUGGUGGAAAGACAGGAAGUGGGAUCGCAAGAGUGGCAGAAAUGCUUUACCUCCGAGAACGCCACCUCAACGGAGAUCUGCGGUGACAAUGUACCACACGAGGGGGACUACCGUUUCAGAGUCUGCUGCAUCAACAAAUAUGGCCGCAGUGGCCAUGUUGAAUUUCCAAAAGUUGUCCAUAUGGUUCCAGGAACAAAGAUUUGCAGUCCUCUUCGGGACCUGGAGGUCACAGAAGGAGAGGAUGCCGUCUUUUCCAUCGUGUUGUCAGCCUCGGUGGUUGGGAACUGGUUUUUGAAUAGUGCUCAACUGCAAGACAGUGGCCGAUACUCACUAAAGCAGUCCAACACGGAGCAUACAUUGGUUAUCCGUGAAACUCUCGGUGCAGAAGACGAGGCAGAGAUAACCUUUAUCGCCAACGGGGUGCGGAAUUCGGCACUUCUCAAGGUUAAACCCGCUGUUGUGAAAUUCAGCCCUUUGCUGGAAUCUGAUAGCACCAAGAAGGUGGAAACGGGCGACGUCAUUGUGCUUUACUGCGAAGUGUCCCACCCUUCGGCGAAAGUAUGUUGGUUCAAAGACGGUGAGGAGCUCCGGGUGAGCGACGUCCUCAACAUCCAAUCAGAUGGGAACAUGAGGAGAAUUGUAAUCCAAUCAGCUGAGAAACAUCACGCUGGAGUUUAUACAUGCCAGACAUUGGGGGAUGCCAUCACAUUCUCCGUUGACGUUGCAGGUCCUCCAGUGGAGUUCAUUCCAGCCCCCAAGGAAGACCUUCAUAAAAGCAGCAUGGAGCUUGACCCUGUGGUGCUACUCUGCCAUGUCUCCAGAGAGGAUGCUCAAGUUAUCUGGUCUAAAGAUGGUUGUGAAAUUGAACCCAAUGACAACAUUACUCUGCAGGCAGAGGGAACCCUGAGAAGGUUGAUUAUCCGCUCUGCCCAAAGCUCUGAUGCGGGUAGCUACAUCUGCCAAGCGGAAAACAACAGGAUGGAGUUUUCUGUCAACGUUAGAGAACCCCCAGUGAUGAUUGUGGACCCCAAAGAUGAUGUCUCGAUGGAAAGUCAUAUUUCGGAGGACGUUCACAUGCAGUGCGAGUUAUCUCGCUCUGCCGGGAAGGUGCAAUGGUUCAAGAACGGUGAAGAGGUGAAGGAGGGGGGCAAUAUCCAGCUGACAAAAGAGGGUCCCUACAGACGGUUAACCAUUCUCCACAGCACGGUGGAAGAUGGGGGCGAAUACAUCUGCGAGACAAAUGGGGACUCUGUAUUCUUUCAAUUGACUAUCACAGAGCCUUCCGUACGAAUAAUUUCCCCCACUGAGUCCGAGAUAAAACUCACCCACUUGGCUUCCACCAAGCUCCAGCUCAGUUGUGAAAUCUCACAUUCGGACGCUCAUGUCAUAUGGUACAAAGACAGUCUGGAGGUAGAGGAGGGUCCAAACCUCAUACUGGAAGUGGACGGGGUAAAACGUCGCCUGGUGAUCCCUGUGGCCUCUGUGAAGGACGCAGGAGAGUAUGUAUGUGAAACCGAACAUGACUCUGUUGCCUUCAUGGUGACUAUUACAGAACCACCAGUGGUACUUUCCCGGCCUAAAGAUGCACCGAAGAAGCUGGAGGGUUUUGCAGGGAAGGCAGUCGUACUGGAAGUCAAGGCAUCUCGUCUCAAUGCGGAAGUCAAGUGGCUGCUAAAUGGCCAAGAAAUAGAGAAAAAUAAUCGCGUGAGCAUCACAGAGAAUGGUUUACUUCGUCGCCUUGAAAUCCUCUCGCCUUCUCCAGCGGAUUCUGACAUAUAUAGUUGUGAUGCUGAAGAUGACAGACUUGACUUUGAGGUUAAAAUUUUAGAGCCGCCAUUGAAUAUCUUAAGGAAGUCUGAGAUUGACACAAACCUCAAGGUGCUAAUUUCCGAUGACAUUGUGCUCGAGUGCGAGCUCUCCAGAAGUAAUGCCAAAACCAAAUGGUACAAAGACGGCUGUCGUAUCGAGUGUGACGGCAGGUUUUGCGAGGAAGAGGAAGGCGCAUUUCGUUCACUUGUCAUUCUCAACGCUGAACUUGAGGACUCUGGAGAAUACUUUCUAGAUGCUGAAGAUGAUAACAUCAGCUUCCAGGUUACAGUGCAAGAACCUCCAGUGACCAUUGUGGGCAAUUCUAAAGAUGGCGACUUCCAGGAGUUGACAGCAGGCGACGAACUAAUCCUGGCUUGUGAGGUGUCCCGCCCAAAUGCUCCUGUACAGUGGUACUGCAAUGACAAGCUCCUUGUCAAUGACUCACGUACGCAAAUAGAAUGCUACGGGAAUUUGAGGAAAAUUAUUAUUUCCAAUGUUCAACCUUCGGAAUCCGGAAAAUACACAUGUGAUGCAGUAGACGACAAGAUGAUCAGUAUUGUUAGGAUUCAAGAGCCUCCGGUGACAUUCUUGAAGAAGGAAGAUGAUAUUGUUUUGACGGGUUACGAGGGAGAGAGUGUGACCUUGACUAGCUUUGUGUCCAAGGAGAAUGCUCUAGUGCGCUGGCUCAAAGACUGGACACCCAUUGAAGGUGAGCGCUUCCAGGCACUCAUGGAAGGUCAUCAGCGUGACCUCACCAUCGCACCUUUGAGGCGCUCGGAUGCCGGCGAGUACACCUGUGAUGUCAACACUGACCAAAUACACUUCAGCUUACUGGUAAAAGGAAUGAGGAUAAAGUUUACAAGGCCGAUGCAAGACACUGUGGCCCAUGCUGACGGAAUGGUGACCCUCCGAUGUCAAGUGUGCAAACCCAAAGCAGAUGUGCAGUGGUUUAAGAAUGGUGUGGAAGUGGUUCCGAACAGGAGGUUCACCAUUCGGGCGGAUGGAGUGGAACGUAGUUUGACCAUACAUCGUUUGACUAGGGAGGAUUCUGGAGAGUACGCCUGCGAGUCCAAAGAUGACCGCACCGUUGCGACCCUUGCAGUAAAGAUGCCUCGGGUGGUUGAGUUCCUCACUGAGCUUCAAAACAUCACCGUGCUGGAAGGAGAGGACGCUACCUUUAAGUGUGUGGUUUCACCCGACGACGUGCAUUUGGUUUGGUUCAUGGACAAUGAGGUGAUCGGUCCAAGUGACCGUGUCCAGAUCACACAGAAUGGUUUGUGCCACACCUUAGUGAUGAGAAAGUGCCAAAUGUUGGACUGUUCUAAAAUCACAGCUGAAGCUGAAGGUACAACAAGCAAAGCAAGCCUCCGAGUCCAAGAGGCUCAGGUCAUGUUUACAAAGAAAAUGGAGGCUGUCAUGGCUGAAGAGUUUUGUGAUGCCACCCUGGAGACAGAGAUUAGCCUGGAGACGGGUGAAGUGCAAUGGAUGAGACAAGGGGUGGUCAUCCAGGCCGGGCCUCGAUAUUCACUCAACCAGAAUGGAUGCAAACGCAGUCUGACCAUUCACAGUUUAAAUCUGUCAGACCGCGGAACCUACCGUUGUGAAACUCUGCACGACAGGACCCAGGUCAAGCUAAAUGUAGAGCCCCGCAAAAUAUCAAUCCGUAAAGGCCUGACUGACCAGGAAAUCUUCGAACGUGAGACAGCAUCUUUUGAGGUGGAGUUGUCCCACGCUGACGUGGAGGGCAAUUGGCAGAAGGAUGGCAUUCGGGUGAAGCCAAACAAUCAGUUUCGGGUGAGCACCAACGGGCGAGUGCAUGGCCUCACCCUUUCCAAUCUCACCCUGGAGGACACAUGCACUAUUGCCUUCUCAGCCGAAGGGGUGCGCACCACAUCCAGGCUCACGGUCAAAGAGACUCCAGUUACCACCCUAAAAGAUCUGGUUGAUGUCCGUGUGGAAGAAGAAUUCCCUGUCACUUUGGAGUGCGAAUUCUCUCGACAAAACGUUGGAGUCAGAUGGUUCAAGAAUGGAACCGAGCUGAAGCCAGGCAAGAACAUUAGGAUAUAUUCUAUGGGGCGAAAGAAGUUCUGUCAAAUCCUGCAGUGCUCUUUGGUAGAUUCUGGCACCUACAUCUGUGAUGUGGGGGAAAGCAGCACUUCCUGUUCUUUGGAGGUUUAUGAGCAUGAGCUGACAAUUCUGCAGGACCUGGAGAAUCUUUGCAUCCAGGAAGAUCAGAACGCAGUAUUCAUGUGUGAGGUUUCCCUGAGCGAUGUGAGCGGCGAAUGGUAUAAGGAUGGCCACAAGAUCCGUCCCACCAGCACCAUCAAGACUCGCACGGAAGGGACCAAACACUUCUUGCUGAUGUGCAAUGUCAAAGCUGAGGAUGCUGGAGAAAUAAGAUUUGUUAGCAAAGACGUUGAAUCUACGGCUUACCUAGAAGUGGAAGAACUCCCAGUGUCCAUAGUCAAGCCACUGCGGGACAGGACAGCACUGGAGAAUCACCGUGUCAUCCUGGAAUGCACCGUGUCCUCAUCCCGGAGUAGAGCGACCUGGUGCCGGGGCGAGGAGAGGCUCGUCCCCUCGGAUCGAAUAGAUAUCCUGGUUGAUGGUUGCUACCAUAAACUCGUGAUCCAGCAGGUGGCAGUUGAGGACGAGGGCACAUAUAGUAUUGAGGUCGGGGAGCAUAUCUCUGAAGCCAAACUCAUGGUGGAAGCCCAAGAGCUUAAGAUGGUGCAAGAGCUAGAAGAUGUGGAGGUACACGAGAAUGAACCAGCGGUUUUCCAGUGCAAGCUCUCUGUAGCUAUCAGCCGACCUCCAGUUUGGAUGUUGAACGGCGAGAACGUUCAGCCUGGACCCUCAGUCCGCCUGGAGAACCAUGGCACCGUGCAUAAACUCACGCUGAAGCACACCAAUGUGGACAUGAGUGGUGUAGUGAAGUUCAAUGUUGGUAAAGCAAAGAGCAGCGCCGUUCUCAGUGUGAAGGAAUGCAAAUGAUAUGAAACUUUGGAAAUGCUAAAAAACAGUU